AUGAGGACGAUAAUACAGGAUGAUUGUUUGAAGACUCCCAUAGCACUAUCACCAUCGUUGUUGCUAUUACGUUGUUGGCUCCUACGUGUUAUUCGUCUGAUUUUCAGCGAGCUGCAAAGGGGAAGCGAGAAGGCACAACAAUUUGCCGCCUAUGUAUUUGACUUGCGCAUGUUCCGGCUUGUGUCCAGAGACAUAACAAACUUCGACAAUAUGUUACUUUGGUUCCAAUCCUGCCAGCGGUUCCUGAGCCUCAUACUACCAAACAAGGGGACACACCCCACCCAACUGGUCCCUGGUUCUGUGCUGGCGUUUGCGGACCAAUCUGCGUCAUGGACGUCACCUUAG